CAUAGCAGGAAUACCCACCCUGCGGGUGGGAAUGCCAUGCUCCUCCCCAGCUUUUAAUCACAGCACUCAGGCAUCACAGCAACAAUAAGGAGUGAGAGCAAGGAUUGCAGCAACCAGAGGACUUGCGGUGAGCAACAGCUGGUGAAUGAGAUGCAUUUCCCUAUCCUUUUUGAAACAAUCAGCGAGCAGAAGGAUCUUGGAGCUCUCUCGGAGCUAGGCAAGCUCCAGGCAGACUACGGGUGGUGAGUGUGCUCUGCAGAGGGAGUCCUGCUUCCUUAAGGAAACAAAUAUAUAUAUACAUAUUGAUGCUGGAUGGAAAGAUGGAAAAACUGAAAUAUGGAAAUUCAGUGAUUAUAUUUGCUUCUUGUUUCCAUCCAGAUUUUUGGUUUCCAGGGCUGGAUGCACAGACCUGAAGCUACUUUAAUUAUAGCACAACGCAGAAAAAAUAUCUCUCAGUAAACUCUGGGAGUUAACUAAUAAGGGGUAAGGAGGCUGUUCAGCCUGGGGAACAAAGGUAAAUGUGACAGCAUGGGUAAUUCUGCUUUUCCCUGCACUUUCAGCCAGAACAGAUCUGCACCCAGUUCUGCUGCUGCCAGGAGCUCUGUGGCUGUUCUGAGGACAGCUUCCACACACUCUAAGAAGGACCAAGUGCUGCAGGCCACCACCGUGUUUGUCUCGGUGCUGUCCCUUACCGCCAUCGCCAUUGACCGCUACAUCGUCGUGGCCUACCCCAUCCGCCGAAGGACAAGCUGCAAGUCCUGUGUCUGCAUCAUGGCCUGCAUCUGGCUUCUCUCCAUCCUGGCCUCAGUUCCCACCUCGCUGCACACGCAAUACUUGGAUCUCAACACCAUUGGCCAUGACAUGAUCAUCUGCGAGGAGUUUUGGAAGCACAAGGAGAGGGAGCGGCUGCUUUACUCAUGUCUGAUGCUCCUCUUGUCCUACAUGCUCCCGCUGCUGGCAGUAUCGGUCUCCUUCUGUGCCAUCUCCCACCACCUGCAGAAGAGGAACAUCCCAGGAGCUGCCUACCCGUGCCAAGACAAGUGGAGCAAAAUGAAGCAGAAGACCUUCCGGGUGCUCACCGUCUCUGUAGUUUGCUUUGCUGUCUGCUGGCUGCCCCUCCAGGUCGUCAACUUUAUCAGAGACAUUGACGAAGAGUUCACCAUCCUGGACAAGAGAUAUGUGAACGUCAUCCAGGUCUCAUGCCACCUGAUUGCCAUGAGCUCUGCCUGCUACAACCCCUUCAUCUACGCCUCUCUCCAUGACAAGUUCCGCUUCCACCUCAGCAGUUACUUCUACCGCAAGAAGAAGAGCUCCAGCACUGUGUCCUACAAGAUUUCUCGGUUCAACAUCUGCUCCACCUUGGCAGACACCCCAGCUGGAGUCCCGGAUAAGACAGCUUUGCAAACCAGAUUCUCUUAGCUGAACUUCCCCUACAGGCUUGCUCUUGGGCCUGGAUGUAGAUGCUUGUGCCUGGCGGGGAGAACAAGCACCACAGAACCAAGUGAAGGGAUGUCUGUCCUCAAGUAGCAUCUCUUCUGAGCAGCUCAAGGACAUUUUAUUCUUUGACACAAAGCACACCAGCACAACAACAAUGAAUACCACAACCAUGUGAAAAUAGCAUAAUCUUGAGCAGGAUUUACCUGCUAGCCCCCAUAGAGACUGGUGGAUGUUUCCACCUGGUCUGACUCAAGAAUCAGUGCCAAUGAAACAGCUUUCCCUUGCCUUGUUGAAAUAGAACAACGUAUAUAUAUCUGGAUUCACAACUGGGUAUAUAAUUGGUGUGAUGGUAGUGUUCCAUAAGCUUCAGUUUUCAGGAAUGCCUACACACACUGACGCAGUCAAAAUCUGCCCAAAUACGAGUGCUUCAUGAGCAAGGAGAAAUGUUCAUGCUGUACCACUGGUUGUGCAGCAAAGCUGGGGAUGGGGUAUAUACAUACACUAGAUCUCCAAUCACAGCUUACUAUGCCAGGAACUGGUGCUGUAUUUGCAGCACAAAGACGUCUCCCUGUGGUGUAUAUAGGGGUGGACAAGAUGUUGGGUGCAUUUAAAGAAGUCGUUGGAGUACACAUUGUCAUUUUGUAGAAUAAAGAUUGUUCCUAAGCAACAGAUAGCAUUUUCUGCCUCUGGAGGAACAUCAGUUCUUUCAGGCAGCACUUAAAGAGCUGUUUUUUUUUUUUUUUUUGUUUAAAUUGCAGUCCAUUGGUGAAAGGACGUUAUACAUUCAGAAGUGUGUAUUCUUCUGCCAGCUAGCAUGCAGGGCACAACACCACAGCUUGUGUUGAGACACUUCCAUCAUCUGCUUGUCUUUCUGAGUAAUCUCGUCUGCAUAACCUCAUAGGAUAGUCCCAGUUUCUCCAGCCAGAAGUGUGCAGCCAAACAAGACGAAGUAGACGGGGCUCAAAGUAAUGGAGUAGGUAAUAAGAAAGGUACCAAGCUGUGUGCUUGCUGAGGAAGAAGUCACAGUCUCCACUCAGAGUGGUUUAUAUGCAGAGAAGUUAUAUGCUCUUCUCGGGCGGGGGUGGGAAUCCUGCUCAUGGGCUACUCUGACCCCAAAACUGCUGAAUAAAUUGUGAGUUGGACUCUCGUGUUCCAGAUGUUGGUUGGACCUUAACAGCCCUCAGGCAACAACCUGCUGUUGGCUCACCUUACUGCUGAGACCUUCAUGGUACACAUG